AAAGAGAAAGAUUUCGGUUUUUUUAACACUUCCAAGCUAUAAUGUUACGUCGCCGUUAUACCUCGAUCGCGGAAGAACCAGAAGUCGAGAAGAACUCAGCGAGAGGAGUGGAAAGUGCCGGUAAGCCACUUUAGAUCACAACAUACGUUUAAAAUAAACAAACACGAGCUUAAUUCGCCAUGAACAAAGAAUAACGAAUCUUGGAAACAAUUUAAAUCUGCCCAGAGGGUACGAUUUUCCCAUGCUAAAACCUAGUUACGCUAACAUCAAAAGAUUGCCAAGCUGUACUGUUUUGUUUCUAUGCGGGGAGGGAUAUUUAUUGUGUCCUAAAUGUAUCAUUUCAAAUCCUCAUUGGGAGUUAGUCAAGUUAACUUCACGCUUUAUGAACAGAAAGCCCUUAUCUUUUAAGGAAGUUUUAGUUCUUUUUUUAAUUACUAUUGGGUAUCAACAGUGGAAUUUCUAAAUCCUCAAGCCGAUGACAAACGCGAAAGAAAACAAAACAAUUAAAUAGAGAACCAAACGUGCUAUGUAAUAGCUAAACUCUGAACACUGACCAUUAGUUACGGUUGGACAAAUUUCAAGAUCUAUGUAUUUAGAAACAAACUUUUAAGCUCGUUAAACGCGAGACGUAUUGGCGUUUCUUGUCUCUUUCAGUCAAUCAAAUAAUUGAGAACUGACAGUGUAUUUCACAUAAAUAAAAAUUUUCAGACCAUUUGCAGCGCAAGGUAUUUAGUGAUAUCAUUUCUCUAAACCUAACACAAUUAAUUGCUAUACUAUCGUUCAGUUGUGAAGUUUGUUACUAUGUACUCAAUGGAGAUGGAAACUUCGUUUGUUCCAAGUGCGAAGAUAUUUGGUUUUGGUACAAUUUGUAUUAUUAAGACAAGAUUUCAACACUAUCUAACAGUAAAAGAUUAAACUAGAUUUCACAAUGCGCGCUUCAGUUCUAAGGUGAGAAGCCACAAAAAGUACAUAAACGUUUAUUAGAUCUCUUAAUUUUGUUUUUUUUAAGAGAAUGCUGCACUUUCAGUUGACGCAAAGACGAGCGAGGAAAAAAGUCCAAGCAGUAGCACAGAGAACGGCGAGUUGUUGAGACGAUUUCUGUCGCUUAAACCUACUAAAUCUUCGACUUCGGCUUUGAGCGAGGACGAAUCGGGAAGUGAUCGGUAUUCGAUUUCCGACGACGAAUACAUCUUCGCCGAUGACGAAGAUAACCCGGACUUAAACAAACCUCUGGACAAAGACAAACAUUUGUCAGCUAAAAAAAACAAUAAUGAUGUCAAAAAUGUAUCUAAAAAGGAAGAGGAGGCCUUGAAAUCCUCAAAACUGACUCCUGAUCAAAUUCGUGAAGUCAAAGAAGCUUUUCAUGUGUUUGACACCAAUGGUGAUGGUUGUAUCACAGCAACAGAGCUGAAGAAAUUGGUAACUUCCCUUGGGUACAACAUAACAGAGGCGGAACUCAUGGAUAUGAUGAACCAAAUAGGUGAGAAUAGAAUUACCCAGGGGUAGUGGGGGGGGGGGAAGAAUUUGCCUGGCAGAAAGGUUGACGAGGAGGCUGGGAAGAAAUAUUUGGCUAUACAAAAAGCCAAUCACUUGGUGACCAAAAGUAAGUUCAGUUUCUCUCUGUUAUUUAGAUGCAGACGGAAAUGGUGCUAUCGACUUCCCCGAAUUCCUCGCGCUUAUGUCGAAAAACCUAGAUGAUUGCGAUCCUGAAGACAUUCUACGCGAGUCCUUCAAGGUUUUCGACCGAGAUGGCAGCGGUUUUAUUGGAGUCGCAGAACUCGACCGAGUCUUCAAGCUCCUCGGUCAGGACUUUAAAGAUUACGAAAUCGAGGCUAUGGUAAAAGCCGCUGACGCCGAUGGUGAUGGGCUCGUGGGCUACGACGAUUUUAUGACGAUGAUGAAUGUCUGAAUGAAGGGUUCUUAGUUUCGUGUGAUCAGAGACAAUUUCUCCCAAGAAAUGUAGUAGAUUGCCAAGAAAGCGAGUGGGGAUACUGACAAAAACAAUCAUCUUUGACAUCUUGCAUGGAACUCGCCCCAAAUUUUUAAAUUUAACGUCGUGUGUAAGGUGCAAAACUCGGAAAAAGUUGAAGUAAGACACUAAAAUCUCUUCCAAAAGAAAAACUAGAAAAGUUAAAGAUCAGUAACAUAGGAGUGGUCUCCUUUGCAGCCAUUCUUUAGGAUAACACGCAACGAUCCCAUUAAAUGGCAGCGAAAGAACCUGGUGCGCUUUUUUAUUGAGUGUCGUAAAGCCAAACUAAAGUAUUCACAACAGCCAAUCAGAUGAAAGGAAAUAUCACAAGGAGCCAAUGAGAACUAAGAGAACUCAAGAAACGACCAAGAUGACCAAUUCGUGAUUGGUUUAGUUUUGAAUCUGAUUGAUUCCGAGAAUGGCGCGAGUUUUAUCAACCAAUCACAGAGCGAAGCAACCCAAAACUGAGCAAUCCCGAAUACUUUUGACAACAAACUGAUAAUUGCUUUAAAAAGCUGGCACAAGCGCGAAUUUCAUUUUUAUGUACGGGAUGACAAAAAGAGUUUUUUGUUUUGUUAUUUUAGGCCCUAAAUGUUGAAACGU